CUCAAGUAGGAUUCGAGGAGGGAUACAUUUCUUAGUCGUUGCCCGCCGGCCGCUCACACCAUGUCUGGCAAUGUGUAUCAACAAACUGCGAUGCUUUUGGACGAUCCCGCUGUGCGGACUUCGUUGGUGACGUUGGAGAACACCAGCAAGGACAGCUUCAAUCGAAAGUGCAAGAUCAUUUGCACCAUGGGGCCCUGCUGCUGGGAAGUGCCGAUGCUCACAAAGCUCAUUGAGCAAGGAAUGAACAUCGCCCGCCUCAACUUCUCCCACGGAGAUCAUGAGACCCAUGGCGCGACUGUGGGUCGCAUCCGAGAGGCGUGCAAGAACAUUCCAGAGAAGCCGGUGGCCAUCCUCCUGGACACCAAGGGCCCGGAGAUCAGGACCGGCUUCUUUAAGGACGAGCUGGCGGGGGGCAAGAUCAACUUGAAGGAGGGCCAGGAGCUGAAGCUGGUCACCGACUACAGCUUUAAGGGCGACGAUAAGACCCUGGCGGUGUCGUACCAGCAGCUGCCUGGUGCAGUGAAGCCAGGCAGCAUCAUUCUGGCAGCGGAUGGCUCUUUGUCUCUGAAGGUGAAGAGCUGUGGUUCGGACCACGUCAUCACUGAGGUGAUGAACGACAUGCAGAUGGGGGAGAAGAAGAACAUGAACCUGCCCGGUGUCAAAGUCGACCUUCCCGUGCUGCAGGACAAGGACAAGAAGGACUUGCUGGAGUUCGGGUGCCCUCAGAACGUGGACUUCAUCGCCGCGAGCUUUGUGCAGGACGCCAAGGACAUCAAGCUCAUCCGCGACACCUUGGGCGUGCAUGGCCGCGGCAUUAAGAUCAUCUCGAAGAUCGAGAACCAGGAGGGCAUCAACAACAUUGAUGAGAUCAUUGAGGCCACGGAUGGAGUCAUGGUGGCACGUGGUGAUAUGGGCAUGGAGAUCGACAUUGAGAAGGUUGGUCUUGUGCAGAAGAUGAUCAUCUCCAAGUGCAAUCUCAAGGGCAAAUUUGUGGUCACCGCCACUCAGAUGCUGGAUUCCAUGGAGCGGGCGCCGCGCCCCACCCGAGCGGAGGCUACAGAUGUCCUGAACGCGGUGCUGGACGGCUCGGACGUGGUGAUGCUUUCCGGUGAGACGGCAAAUGGCAAGUUCCCGGAGCAGGCUGUGGCCACCAUGCGGCAUAUCUGCGAGAGGGCGGAGAGGGUGAUCGACUACAAGGCCCUCUAUUUGCACAUCCGCCUGGCUGUCAUGGAUGCCAGCCAAGGAAUGGGCAUUGACCCCAUCGAAUCCAUUUGCUCAUCAGCUGUCAAGACCGUGGUGGACUCUGAUUGCAAGCUGAUCAUCGCCUUCUCGAGGACUGGGCGUGCUGCCCGGAUCGUGGCCAAGUAUCGCCCGCCUUGCCCCAUCCUGGCAAUCACGGCCAGCGAGCAGACCCUCCGCCAGCUUCUGGCCACACGUGGCGUGGUGCCGGUGCUCACGGCCUCCUUCCAGGGCACGGAUCAGGUGAUCUCCAAGGCCUUGGCCAAAGCCAAGGAGUUCGGCAUGGUGGAGUCUGGCGACAAUGUGUGCGCACUGCACGGCCAGAAGGAGGAAUCCACAGACUCCAACCUCCUCAAGGUGGUCGUCGUCCCGUGAUUUUGAGAGGGCAAAGACGGGCGCAGGCACAGAGGUGCAAAGGUUUCUUGCGGCUGACUGAAGGGCGGCCAUCACUGCAACACCUUGCACGACAUGAAUCCGAAAUGCGGACCCACAUCCCUCCUUUGCGCUGGAAGCUUGUCCGGUGCCAUGUCGAUUUAACAGAUAGCUCCAGAAUUUUCCGCAGACUGGGGACAGACCAGCAGAGAAGCGGACAGG